UUCUUGUUGUUUGGGUUUGGUCUGAAAAAGGAGAAAUCCGAUCACUGCUUUCUUCUCUUCUCUCGUAGUUGUGUGAGAACGAUUUUUUAGGGUUUCAUACUUGAAAUUCACUCUUCGCAGCUUCAGUUUAACAAUCACGGUUGAAGAAAAACGAUGUCUGAUAUGGAAAGACCAGCGAAGAUUCCUCGUUUCUCCGGCUCCGAAUCAAUUGCAGAUACUACCAAACUCUUUCCUCUUCUUCUACGAGAUGAAGAUGGAAUCUUGAAAUCAGCAGGAAAGAGAAGCGUGAAACUAAUUAUGGAUUGCUGUUCCUUACCAAAGGAGAAUGGGUCAAGUCCUCAAGGGGACGAUUCACAUUUCAUCUGUGACUGCGAGCAGGUUUUUGGUGUGGCUGAUGGGGUCGGUGGUUGGGCUAAGAAGGGUAUCGACGCCGGAGAAUACGCUCGAGAACUUAUGUUGAAUUCUGCAACGGAAGUUAAAGAACUACCCAGAGGCUCUGUUAAUCCAUUGUCUGUUUUAAACGAAGCUUACUCAAAAACAAAAGCCCAAGGUUCUUCCACUGCUUGUAUCGUAGCUUUGAGAGAAGAGGAUAACAGCUUGCAUUGUGCAAAUGUUGGAGAUUGUGGAUUCAUGGUGAUAAGAGGGGAUAGUAUCUUCUACAGGUCGCAAACACAACAACGCAGAUUCAAUUGCCCUUUUCAAUUAGGGAACCACCUUAAGAGUGAUACGCCCAGUUCUGCUGUUGAGUUUAAAGUUGAAGUUGAGGAAGGAGAUGUGAUUGUUGCUGGAACUGAUGGACUAUUUGACAAUUUAUUUGAGGAUAAUAUAAUCCAGGCCGUGAAGGAAAUGACUGGUUAUAUUGGCAUAUAUCCAUACGGGGCAGCUUGGGCGAUCGCUGAGAUGGCAAAGAUGAUUUCCAAAGACAAAUAUCUUGUUACUCCCUUCUCACUUGGAGCAGAGAUGGCUGGUUAUACACAUUAUGGAGGGAAAAUUGAUGACAUUACUGUUGUUGUUGCUUAUGUUGUCUCUUCAUCGUGGGGUUAUUAAUUUUUUUCCUUUUUUUUAAUGCCUUUGCAAUUGAAUAUUCAUUUUGUACCUUGGCGUACAUACCCAAAUCUAAUUGGUUAAUCACCAUUGUUCAAUGAAUAAAAGAAAUAGACAAAACUCGUUGAUUGAGA